CCAUAUUUAUUUCCCGCCCAACACUAGUCGUUCACUUUUCUCCCGCCCAGACCUCAGUCCGCCAUAUUACUUGUCGUUUGUUUACCCUUCACUGUUUAUAUAUUUAGCUGACGCAAACCGUUUAUUUUGUUUUUGUAUUAAUUUUAAUAAAACCCUUACCGUUUAAUAACUUUAACAUUUAAAUUUCAAUUAUUUAUAAUGUGGUUUCUAACAAUAAAUUUUACGGAUGAGUUUAUAAUAAAUGACAUUUAAAGAAAUCUUUAAAAAAUCGUUAUCACAAACUGCAGUAAUUACUGACAACAUAUAAGUCCAGUUAUAAAUCCAAUAUGUUUUAUUCACAUUUUUCCUUGUCCAAAAAAGGACCUCUUGCUCGUAUUUGGUUAGCAGCCCAUUGGGACAAAAAGUUAACCAAGGCUCAAGUAUUUGAAACCAAUAUUGAAACAUCUGUUGAUGGAAUUCUUCAACCAAAAGUUAAAAUGGCUCUUCGAACAUCAGGGCAUUUAUUAUUAGGUGUUGUACGAAUUUAUUCACGUAAAGCCAAAUAUUUAUUGGCUGAUUGUAAUGAAGCUUUUGUCAAAAUUAAAAUGGCUUUUCGGCCUGGCAUGGUUGAUUUACCUGAAGAUAAUCAUAUUGCUGCUGCUAAUGCUAUCACACUUCCUGAAGUUUUUCAUGACUUUGAUACUGCUAUGCCUGAUUUAAAUGAUGUUGAUAUAGAAGCCCAAUUCAGUCUUAAUCAAUCUAGAGCAGAAGAGAUAACAUUACAUGAAGAUUAUAAUAUUAGCUCUAUGGUCUCUAAAAGUACGGGUUUUGAUCAAGGAUUUGGUUUUUCCGAAGUUGAAAAUUCAGAUAUAUUACGUCAUGGAAUUGAACAUUCUUUGUUAUUUAGUGAUGGAGUUGACCAUUUGAUGAACCGUGAUAAAGAGCCAAUUGCUUCUACAUCAAGUGGCUCUGGUAUUUUAAAUCAAAAUAGUUUAGGAAUUGAUGCUCCGAUAAGAGAUGAUGGUUUCGGAGGUAAUAUUGGUCAAGUAAUUACUGAUAAUUUCUUUCAAUCUGGAGGGCUGUUUGAUGAUGUACCAGCAGCACCAAUGGGAGUAUCUGAUGGUCCACCUAGUCCACCACCUUUUAAUACUCCUUUGCGAAAUGAUGAUGAUGAUGAUGACCAUUUCAUGCCUCCUAGUCCGUGUAGACAAAGCUCAGAUGGUUCUCGACCAACAUCUCCUGUUAAUCUACCAUUUCCUAAUGCUGGUGCAUUGGGGCUUAUUCCAUCACCUACAAGGGAUCAAACCUUAAUGCCACCACCAGAUAUCAAUAUGCAUGACAUACAUCAAUCAGAAGAACCUGAACAAUUAAAUGAACAAAAUGCUACUGUAGAUCAGACUACCUUAGUACAAAAUGAAGAAGAAAGCUUUGCUUUAGCUCCUGUAGAUGCUAGUGCUUUAAGAGGAUUGCCCAAAACUAAGAGAAAACGUAAACUUAUUGUUGAUGAAGUCAAAAAUAUUUCUGGUGAAGAGAUGAAAGCACAACUUAGUGAUACAACAGACAUAGUAAUCACAUUAGAUCUAGCUCCUCCCACUAAAAGACUUAUGCAUUGGAAAGAGACAGGCGGUGUUGAAAAAUUAUUUGCGCUCCCUGGAAAAAAUAUACCAGCCAUUCCUUUAGCCAAAAAUUAUCAACGACAUUUAACUGCAAAAACAUUAUCAAAUGAAGAAUUAGAUGGUGAAGGAGUUGUAGAAGGAGAUGAAGAAAAUGUACUACCAGCUAUUAUAGGACCAACACCUGCACGCAGGGGUCGUAAAAGAAAAGUACCACUUGAUGAUGAUGUACAAAAACCUGCUAAGAGAGAUGUAUUACAACCCAUUCCAGAAUUAUCUCAGAAUCUUGAAACUAUGGAUGUUGAAUCAGCAGGUCAAUUAACUGUUGUUCCUCCAACUCCAGCUAUGCUAGAAGAACCUGAUCAUUUUAACCAACAAAACCAUCAAACUUAUAUGUCACCAUUAAAUAAUGGUAACCAAAUGUUGGCUCCAGGAACUCCUGCACAGAAAGCUAAUGAUUCACAUCAUAUUAGCAUAAAUGAAGAACAGUUAAUAAAUCCAUUUGAUGAACUGCAUAACUCAACUAUUCAUAAUACAUCAAAUCAGCCAGAACUUCAAAAUAUGGGUUAUGAUAACCAAAUAAAUCAGACUACUGAUUUCAAUCAAAUUAUUAUGGACAAUAUGGGAUAUGAUGGUCAUCAUAAUGCACCAGUAACACCAGGUUUACCUUCCCCAAGAGGUGGAGCAACACCUUGGCGAGAUCAAGAUUAUGACUAUCCUUCUUCAGUUGGCCCUACUGAUGAACAACAAGCUCCACAUGAAACUAAUGAGCAAUUUGAAGAGCGGGUCAUGAACAAAAGAGCAAAUCAGUUGUAUCAUACCAUUAAAAUGAAAUUCAAUCAAAAAGAUUCCCUUGUUCUUAGUGAUCUCACGUACAAAAAUCGUAGAAAAGAGGCUGCUCAGAAAUUUUAUUCAGUUCUAGUACUUAAAAAAUAUAAAGUUCUAGAACUUAUUCAAGAAGCACCUUAUGAACCAAUUCAACUUAUUAAGGGUGUGUGUUUUACUGAUCCAAAACUAUAAGUGAACUCCAAGUCAAAUAGAUAUAUCGAAUAAUGCUAUAUGCUAUUAUUUGGCUUCCAAAGCAACUACUGAGUUUAUACAAUGUACUUUAUGUGAACAUGAGUUCUAAAUGUUUUAUUAAUACAAAAAUGGAAA